AGCGGAACCCUGUUUUGGCCUGUUUACCCCGUUGGUUCAUGUCGGUCGCGCAUCGUAACUGUAUAUACAUACAACUUGAAAAUCUGGAAGAGAAGUGAGUGCAGGUUGAAUCAGAUUGCGUCCCACGUGUCCGUCCAUUUCCCAAUAAGUACUUUGAAUCGCGUCACUUUUUGGUUAUCCCAGAGACAUACUUGCACGUGUGUAUAUUGCAUGUCUUCCGUGUCGGAUUUAGGCUGUUGACGAGCGCCCGAGGAUGACUUCGUUCGGUCGCGGUCGCGGCUGGUCCACUCAGGGCCAGGACCAGGGGCUACGUAGACCAGGAGGAGGAGGAGGAGGAGGGGGGAUGCUCGACACCAACAAGGUGGAAGGGCAACACAACAAGAUCCAGAAGGACAUAAUGGACAAGAUAGUUUCCUACGACGACCGCGACAACAUCCCGCCGCAGCUGAUUCAGGAGAUCGUGGACCUGCUGACCGUCGCGGUCAACGAGGACAGUCUAAGGCACGUGUGCGACUCCCUGUGGAAGCAGGCCGUACACCCCUGGGCAUACAGCAUGCUCCCGAAGUUGACCACGAAAAUAGCGGUGGUGUUCAGCGAUAACAAUAUCGCCCUGAUAGAGGAUAAUAAUAAGAACACCAUACGAAGCCGCUUCUUACGUUUCUUGCAGGAUAAUUAUAUGUCUAAGGAAAAAGAUAGACUAGAGGAUAGGAAGACGUUCGCCAAUAAAAUCUUACUUCAUGCAGAGGUUUACUAUCACAUGAAACUGAGCGACGGAACUAGAUUGAAAAUACUGGCCGAGCCGUUAAUUCAAUAUUUGGAAGAUCUGGUGAAAGACAAUCCUAAGGAUAAUAUUUAUUUCAUCAUGAUACAGAUACUCAGAUCUGGUAAAGAUCUUUAUGCGGCGUCUCCGGGUGGAUUAGAAAGCUUAAUAAUGACAAUCAGGCAACUGGUGGUAAAGGAUAAUCUGCAGAGCCCCGAAAACUACGCGGCGUUACUGCUGAUCAUAGAGUUAGCCAACAACAACUAUGAAAUUAAGGACGCGGUGAAACAUUUUUAUUUCUCGAAUAUCAAGUCUCUCUCUUUUGAGCCUCCGUUUUCUCACGAGGAAUUGAAGGUGGUCGCAGCGAUAAAGACUGAAAAUGGUACCGACAACAUUAAACAUAAUCAACUGCGGGAAGUUGAGAAUAGUCAACGAAUUGUAAGAGAAGAAGCCAAAAGUGAUGUAUCCGAGCAUAGUAAUUAUUCGAAGAAUUCUAGCGUUCCGAGAGCGAUACGCGGCUCGGGUGCACUGGAUAAAUCCAGAAAAGGAACUAAUAUUAAUGCAAAGUCGAAUUCGUUUAGAACAACACCGCCGAGGGAAAGGAACAAGGCUUGGGGCCACGACGAUAGGUUUCACGAGCAUUAUGAAUAAACAUCUACCUUGCCCGAGGCAUUUGUAUGCGAUUAUAAAAUUCUUAUAUUGCAAUUUUCAAACGUGGCGAAUGAAUAUAGUUAAAGAAAGAAAUUUUGCAGGAAGACUAUGUAUACGACAUAUAUUGUCGUGAUUGCAAUCAAAGCAUAAGAAAAACACAUCGGAUUUUUUCUUCCUCGGCAGAAAGACAAGAGAGCAGUUCUACUUUGUCCUGUUUUUAACAGAAAGUUACGGAAUGUGAUAUUAUAUAUGCUCCUAUUAUAUAUGCUUUUAUUUUAUACACAGGUAAAAUUUUCAAGUGAGAUACGUUUUUUUGUGAGAUCAUUGUAGAAAUUUGUAACAUCAGAAAAUACAAAUUUUUAAGCAGUUUAUUAUUUAUUAUA